AUGAGUCCAUUUUUGAGUUCUGUGUGGAGUGUCAAGCAAGAGUUCCCGGAGGAGGAGGAUCUGAUACCGGAACAAUUUCUGCGAAUCGAAACGAAGAACUAUUUGUUAACGCCCUCCAAGGAAGUGCCGAUCGUCGAGAAGAAGACCCGCGCUAACGCGGUCAAGAAAGAGUCCAUCCACCGGCGAAUCGUUUGCAGGGCUUGCAGGAAGUCUUUCUCUAGGAUGGACAGUCUACGCCGACACGAGAAACAUUAUUGCGGGGGUACCAAUCCUAACAGAAAUGUGUGCGAGUGGUGCGGCAUGAAGUUCACGAGGUCCACCAUCUUGGCGAAUCACGUCAAGUCCAUGCACUUUCCUAAGGACUCGCAGCAGUUGCAUAUUGCAGAUGUAGGAGGACAAUCAGAGUUACAAUAUAAUUCGCCAUCCGCGAGAGCCAGGGACCUCUCGGCAACCAAAGCCCAGGAUUCGCGAGAUGAAAGUGCGCCGGGGAUCGAGGAGAAAGUGAGUCCCGAAGACACAUUCGGCGUGUCCUUCCACACGGAAGCGAGCUACCUCUUGGGCAGUCCCCCGGUCCUCUAUCCGACCGUGGAGGAGAAAAACUUGCGAUAUCCGCAGUUCAGCUGCACCGGAUGCGGAAGAGGCUACACGAGGAUAGACAGCCUGAAGAGACACCAGCAGAAGUGCGACACCCUGCUGUCCUUUCGCGACGAGCAGCAGAAAACCGAGAUCCUGCAGCUGCAAUACCCCUGCGGACGUUGCGGAAAAACCUACAAGAGACUCGACACCCUGAGGAGGCACCAGCGCCUGGUCUGCGGAAACAAGGAAGAGAAUUAA